AUGGUUUCCCCGUUGUCCACGCCCAUCUUGCCACCAACUUACUGUGCGCCAUCUCCCUCGGUGAUGACGCAAUCUGGUCCCACACCUUCGGUCGGUGUUGACGUUUCGCCACGCGAACACCCAACUGGCCCCGAUUCUACUACAGACGCGGUCGAAGGUAACUCGGUGAGCGGAGGUCCGAUCGGCCCUGCUUUAGGACUCGAUGCUGUUGUGGACCUCGCUUCAAGUACGGAACCGAUCGGCUCCACGUUGCCGCCUGAUGUCCUUGACAGUUCCGCUGCAAGUGACGAGCCGAUUGGGGUUGGAGAAUCUGCUGCAACCACUGAUCCGAUGAGCUCCGCGUUGACGCUUGAUGUCGUCGACAAUUUUGCUGCAGGUGGCGACCCUAUUAGGGCUAUUCCGUUACCGACCACUCGAGUUGAAAGACCAAUAGUUGAUGAAACGACCGCGGUUGGUAUGAUCGCUGGACUUUAUCAACGGCUCGCAUCCCAGCAGGAUCUUGUUGAUAGCUAUAGCGAUCUGGAGCAAGCUUUGCGGGAGCAAACUCGGAGGGGUGAUCGACUAGAACGGAAACUCCGUUCUCUUACCGAGUCGGCCUCUCCUUUUGUGAUCUUCGCUCAAACUCGUUGUGAUCGCCUUCGUCUGGAUUUGAAAAAUUUACUCGCUGAAGACGCUUUACUUCAGGAAACAAUUCAAGCGGGGAGUUGCUACGAGCAGCAAAUUAGCGACCUAAAGUCGAAACUUCUGAAAACGACCCAAUCACUUCAUACGUUUGAAGAACGUCAUGAUCUCGAGCUGGCUUCCUUGCGAUGA